AUGGGUGAAACAACUGCACGGAAAUGUCUUGCAAAGUUCUGUGAGGGUGUUAUCAAACAAUAUGAAGCUGAGUAUUUACGAAGCCUGACUGAUGAAGACCUACGAAAGAUCUUGUAUAGAAAUGAACACCGUGGAUUUCCAGGCAUGAUUGGGAGUAUUGAUUGCAUGCAUUGGGAGUGGAAAAAGUGCCCUAAUGCAUGGAAAGGUCAAUACUGCGGACGAAACAAAAACGCAACCCUCAUUUUGGAAGCAGUUGCAGAUGAAGAUCUAUGGAUUUGGCAUUCCUUUUUCGGUAUUCCAGGUUCGUGUAAUGAUCUUAAUGUUCUAUAUCGUUCCUCUGUUUUUAAUGAUGUUUUGCAAGGCCGGGCACCUCCUGUUAAGUUUACCGUGAAUGGCCAUGAGUACAACUUGGCGUACUACCUAACUGAUGGUAUUUAUCCUAAUUGGGCUACUUUCGUCCAAGGAUUUACCCAUCCUCAAACUCCUAAGAAAAAACUUUUUGCUGAUCGGAAAGCUGGUGCGCGAAAGAAUGUUGAACGUGCAUUUGGAGUUCUGCAAGCAAGGUUUGCGAUUAUACGACAACCAGCACUCGCUUACGAUGAAGAUAUAUUAGCUGACAUUAUAAAGACUUGUAUAAUAAUUCAUAAUAUGAUAGUCCAGGAUGAGCGAGAUACAUAUAAAAACGCAGAUGUAAUAAGAAGAUACUACGAAAAAGAUGUAGCUUCUAAAAAUCCACGUCGUAGACACCAAGCUAGUACAAGUGCCACUGUCAAUGAUGAUGAACCCUUCCAGUUCCAGACCGGACGUCCGAUCAACAUUAACAACUACUUAGAGAAAAGGGACGCUCUACGUGAUAGACGAACUCAUCAGUCUCUUAAAGAUGAUUUGAUAGAGCACAUUUGGCAAAAGUUUGGCGACAAUAAUCCUUGA